AUCUUGCCUGAAUAAUCUAUCUUUAGGGUUUCUACUAGUGUCUUUCGUACCCAGUAUUUUCCAGCUUUUCCCACCCACCAUCUUGCAGAUCUGAGGCAUCCCAGAAAAGGGUUGUUGGUGGAUUUGAUUUUGCACCUUGUUUUUUUUAUCUAAAAUCGUAAGAAUGGUGAGAGGGAAAACUCAGAUUAAGAGGAUAGAAAAUUCAACAAGUAGACAAGUGACAUUCUCAAAGAGGAGAAAGGGACUUCUCAAGAAGGCCUUUGAGCUAUCAGUUCUUUGUGAUGCGGAAGUUGCACUGAUCAUUUUCUCCCCCAGCGGGAAGCUUUUUGAGUUCUCAAGUUCCAGUGCCGCAAGUACAAUAGAGCGCUACCGGAAGAGUAUCAAGAAUCUCCGUCCAAGCAAACGAAUGGAUGUAGAACAUUUACAGUCAGAAACUGAUCUGCAUACUCCGCAUUUUGAAGAAGAGGUUGCAAACCUGAGGAAAAAAAUUGAGCUUCUUGAAGAAACUAAACGCAGAAAGUUCUUGGGAGAUGGUUUGGAUUCCUCCUCUAUUGAUGAGUUGGAACAAAUAGAACAUCAGUUGGAGAAAAGUUUAAGCAUCAUUAGGUCAAGAAAGAUCCUAUUCUCUUGCGAGCAAAUAAAUCAGCUGAAAGAAGAGGAGAAAAUUCUUAGGAGGGAAAAUGCGGAAUUACGGGAAAAGUACGAAGAGCGACAGUUGGAACUAUCGAUUGGUCAACAAUUCUUAUCACUAGAACAAGGAAAAGAGGUAGAAACGCAGCUGUUUAUCGGACUUCCUGAUAGUUAAAAUUGUCAAAAAAAAGAAAAAAGAAAAAAUAAACAAUAUAUCAAUCUACGUGACUUUGUAUAAUUUGUUUUCUUUACUUCUUUUGUAUAGAUCCAACUUUCAGGUAUUUUUAGGGGCAUAUAUAAUGCUUGGAUAAUGAGAAGUAGGAAGUAUCUAAUAUCGGAAAAAACAAAGUUGUGUAUGGCUGCGUCCUUUUGUAUUAUUAAAUCCUAUUGGCCUACUGCCUUAUUA